GCGUUAGCUGCAGCACAACAUGCCCAUAAUAACAUAAACACGCUUCCGACCGCAUCGUUGGUUUGCAAGAGCAACGACAGGUUUUAGGUGGGGCCACCUGAGAUAUACACACAGCUUCAUGGCCAAGGCGAGAGCGCCGACCAGCCCGGCGGGCCGGGUUCUCCCGGUGAUGGCGGUGGUACUAUGGUUGAUGCUGAGGAGUGCGGAGGCGGCGACGUACAUAGUGGGAGACGCCACCGGCUGGAGCAAUGUGGCGAAUGCGGCCACCUUCUACUCUAACUGGGCGAGUGGCCAGACCUUCCAGGUCGAUGACAUUUUAGUCUUUAACUUCAUCUCCGGUCAGCACGACGUCGCCGUUGUCUCGGAGUCGAGCUUCACAAGCUGCACCACCAGUUCUCCAAUCAGCCUCCACACUACUCCGCCGGUGAACUACACCCUCAACGCCACCGGGGCUGUCUACUUCAUAUGCACCCACGACUCUCAUUGUUCACAGGGCCAAAAGCUGUCUGUCGCGGUUGGCACGGCUUCUGGCCCCACCACCAGCCCCAGCCCGGCCGGCACCACCACCCCGUCUCCACCUCCGCCGCCCCCACCUCCGUCCAAUUCCGGCACUCGUUUUAUGUUUGCCUCAUGCCGUGUCAUGUUCAUUUCCAUGGCCAUUUGUCUUCUUAUGAUGUGGUAGGCGCGCUAGUGUUGAUUGACUAGGUCCACUACUCGUGCGAAUAAAACUAUUGUUGCAGUAUACCUGUGUUUUGUCAUUCUCUUUCUUGUCUAUGAGAAUAAAACUUGCCUAAUUUCGAUGUUA